GGCGGCUGAGACACCGGCUGGAGACAGGGAGCGAAGGCUUCUGGUUGGAACCUCGGUACUGGGACGGUGGACUCGGUGCAGGACAACAGGGGACAGUCUGCAGAGGUGCAGCAGGCAGCUGUGUACCAGGAGAAGCAUGGAGCACAAAACGUGUCCAGAUCUCUCUGGACGGUGGGGUCCAGGCUGAUGGCUGAUGAUGUCAGGGACUAACAACGUUGCCCAGGCCCGGAAGCUGGUGGAGCAGCUGCGCAUUGAAGCCGGGAUCGAGCGCAUCAAGGUCUCUAAAGCCUCGUCAGAACUGAUGAAUUACUGCGAGCAGCACGCCAGGAGCGACCCCUUGCUGGUCGGCGUGCCAGCCUCUGAGAACCCGUUCAAAGACAAAAAACCCUGCAUAAUUCUCUAGCACUCUCUCUCUCUCUCUCUCUCUCUUGCGCUCUCUCUCUUGCUCUCUCUCUCUCUCUCUCUCUCUCUCUCUCUCUCUCUCUCUCUCUCUCUCUCUCUCUGCCCUUCCUGCCCUCCCACGUAUUGUCCAGUUUUUACUGUGAGAAAAAUAUCUGAGUUUCUCACACUUUGAUUUCUGAAGAAACGGAAACUAACUGAAGCAGAUCCUCCCGAAUAAGGUGGACUUUGCGACCCCACCGUGGGCCUCUGUGCGCCCAGAUGUUACUGCCCCCACCCCCUCGUGUCAAGCACCGCUGGGAACCUGAGUGAUGGGACUGUGUUAUAAAACUCCCCUUAGCUGCUUAGCUAGCGCUGGGGAUAUGGCUCAGCGGGUGAGAUGCAUGUCUUACCGACACCAGGACCUGAGUUCUGAUCCCACACACAAAGCCCAAGUGCAGGGGGGCAUGCCUGCGCCCCAGCCCUGGGGGACAGAAGGAAGGAUCCCUAGGGCACUGAACUCCAGUGAGGGACCCUGCCUCAGAACCAGAGGAAUAUAGCCAGCAUCCACAAGGCACCCUGUGCUGCCCCGUGUCCCUCCUGAAUGUGGUCCUGUCAUAUCCGCGGUGAUGUCCUUUCUCUGGGGACCCAGCCCCUUUCAGAAACAGACUUCCAGGCCCCCCCACAGAGCGAGCCAUUGCUGGUAUGACUGAGUGGGUAAUUUGUUUUCUCCUAAGCCUGAGACCCAUGUGGUCACUGGCAGCUCCUUUACCAAGGCCCUGUGAGGGCAGAAACACAAGGUUAAUUCUUUUGAAGUGAUUGAGAAAGAGUCACAGAGAUGGGGUCCGUCCUGCAUCCCACAUGGGGGCGAUGACUGUGACUCCGGAUCCCCUUCCCCCUCCUUGGAUCAAAUCACUUUCCAACUGGCUGGAAUAGGAGACCCUCAGUGUGAGGACUGCGGACCAGCUCUGCAUUCUACCCUCACUGAAAGAUCCUAGGCUCCACCAUGACCACGCCCCCAGCCCCUCACUGGGGGAUUCUGGGCGGGGCUCUACCCUGACCACGCCCCCAGCCCCCUCACUGGGGGAUUUUAGGCAAGAUCUCCACUUUCUAUGUUGUGAGAAUAGUCUGUCGUCCAGGCUGGCCCGGAACUGGAGCUCUUCCUGCCUCUGCCUCCAGAGUACAUGUAUGACUGGCCUCUGGUUCCUGACCUGGCCUGUAUAGGUAGCAGUGACAGCGGCAGGUUGCAGGAGGAAAAGGCUUGGCUGUGCCAACCCUCCCUUGCAGGCAUGGUCAGCAUCAGGAUGACCAUGGAUUCAGGAGUGUCCCGCGGUCUCAGGCCCUCGCAGGAAAACCAGUGCAGGCGCAGACAGCAGAAAUGAAGGCAGUCCAGUUCUGUCCUGUGGCCCCGGUGAAAAUCAGCUUCUAAGAACCUGAACCAGGCUGGUCCCUGGACAGUUGCCCGUGGGGAAAGUAGAUGAGUCUAGCUCAACCCACCUCACCUUCCAGCCCCUCCGGGCACAACCUACCUCCUAGGUAAGGUGGCACAGCCCCCAACUCAUUCUGAUGGGGCAAGGGAAAGACAUCUGUGGUGAGACUAAGGGGAGACGUUGCGGGUGCUAAAAGGGGACCCCGUCCCCCCUCCCUGGGCUGGCUCCCAGAGGACACAGACUGAAGGUCAGCCCCCUCCUGUGCAUCGACUCCUCAUUACUGGUCAAGGAAGAUAGGAGCUUUGGGACUCCCUAAACCUGUGUUGGGAUCAGAAAAGCCACUGUGUCUCCCCAAAACUAUAGCCACCUUGCAUUAGGGUGUGAACCAGAGCCCCGGGGUGUAUUACCCAGCCUCGCUGGCAAGGAGAGAGAAAAGCGGGAACACUCAGCUUGUGUGCCAGAACCUCACUUGGGCUUCCUUCCCCAGCUUGCUGAAGCCAGGCAUGGGCACGCUGCAGAGGCAGAGGCAGGAGAAACCACUCAUUCUUUGCUACAUAAUGGACUCGAGGCUAGCCUGGGCUACAUGAAACCAUGUCUCAAAGAGAGGAAAUUCAGCUCACUCGUCCAUUAUCCCCCCCAUCCCAGCCUCCUUCAGGCGAGGCUGCUAGCAGCAGAUGCCACGGCCAGUCCAUGUGUGGUCACAGCGAGUUUUCCUUCCUCCACUCUGGGAAGAAAAGCUCAAAUUAUCAUCUAUGCCCGAAUAAACCUCCCACUGCAGGCCAAGGGCAAAGUGACCUCUCGCUUCCUGGGGAAAGAUGGACCUUGGGCCCCACAAUAGUCUCCAUGUCCCAUCUUAACCACCAGAGCCCUGCCUCAGCUUGCAGAAGCCUGGACACAAGGGAGCCAUCAGGAGCUGGGCUAUGGUGGCGCAGGCCUUUACCCUAGCACUCAGGAGGCAGAGGCAGGGGAAUCUCUGUGAGUUCGAGGCCAGCCUGGUCUACAGACAUGGUCUAGCAAAAGGCAACGACACAAACCGUGAGAUCUGCUGUAGCUUGAGCGACCGUGGAGGGACGUCCACGCCAAGCAGAAGCUGCCAAACCGUCCCUUGUCCUGAGCAGAAGCCAUACGCACCCUCUCUGAGUGUCUGGGACACAAUGGCCAGACAGGACAUCACACAGCAUUUCCCGUUUCCUGCGCCCCACUCCAGACCCGGCUCCCACCCCAAUUUCCACCUGCAUUGUGACAUUGGUUGGUUUUCAUUUCUGAUUUUACGAAACUCUGUUGUGCCACACAUGCGGGCCACGGCAGUGUGAUUACUGCGGAAUAAAAGCCCUGUCUUCUCUA